AACAUGUUAUUUUUUUCAUUAUAUUUAUCAACAUAGUUAUUUGAAACUUUGACAUAAAAUUUUGUUACCUUAUCUCUUUUCAAACGACAUACUUGAAGCUUUUUCAAUUCCAAUGGUGUUUUCUAAAAGCACAAUCUUAGUGAUUUUGCAGAUGUUGUUAUUAUGGAAUAGAUUCUUUUAUGUCAAUGGAUGCUAUACGUCCAUCAUCAGUUUUGGUGAAUUACUGGCUGACACGGGCAACAUUAAAAAGCUUGCCUCCGUGUCCCAUGCAAAGGUUCAGUCUCUUUGGCCGCCAUACGGUGAAACCUUUUUUCAUCAACCCACUGGUCGUGCUUCCAAUGGACGCCUCAUUAUUGACUUCCUUGCUGAGAGUCUAGGGCUACCAUUGAUACCGCCUUUUCUACAUGACAAUUAGAGUGACAAUGUGGUGUCGUUUGAACAAGGAAUUAAUUAUGCGGUGGUGUCUACAACAGCGUUGGAUACAUAUUUUCAUGAAACAAGAGGGACUAUUAAUCCUACAGCAAAUGUAUCUUUAGGAGUUCAAUUGGCAUGGUGUAAACAAUCAUUGCUUUCUAUUUGUAGUAACACUUCAGAUUGUAGAAACUUAAUUGGACGUUCUUUAAUCCUAAUGGGAGAGAUUGGUGGAACCAAUUACAACACUCCAAUAAUGCAAGAUAAAUCAAUCGACGAGGUUCAAUCAUACGUUCCCCUUGUUAUUGAUACCAUCAUCUCAGCAAUUAAUGAAGUAAUUGAUAUGGGCGCUCAAACAUUGGUUGUUCCAGGAAUCUUUCCAAUUGGGUGUUCUAGUUCAAUUCUAACAUUACGUGGUUCUCAAAACAAACAAGAGUAUGAUAACAUAACCGGUUGCCUCAUCAAGUUUAAUAAAAUUGCCGAAUACCACAAUGAAGUGGUGCAAGCAAAACUAAAACACCUUCGAGAGCUUCAUCCUAAUGUCAUCAUGAUCUAUGCUGAUUAUUACAAUGGUGCCAUGCAAAUUAUCUAUUCUCCAGUUAAAUUUG